UGUUGGCAUAUAUAUACCGUGAUACCUUUGUAAUAUCGCUACAGUCAGUCCGUCAUUAUCAUUUUGACAGAUACAAGGCACUCCUACAGCUAUAUAUAGCCCAUGUCUUCCAGUGGCACUCCCGCCUCCACCGAAGAAGCACAACCCAAACGUCCCUCCACAGUCAUCCUACUCUCGCUAUUUACUGUCGUAAUCGCCGUGCUCGCCGCCACAUUUCUACCUGACUCCGACCCAGCCGCCAAUCUGUUCCGCUUGAAACGUCUGUUCGCGCCGGCUGCGAGUGCGGGGCGGUCUUCCUCUUCUUUGGCUACUGCUGCUACGACAACGACUACUACUUCUUCAUCCGAUAGUACCUCGCCGGUGACGAACGGCAAGAUGGGUCGAACGCCGGUUUAUUUUUUGAGUCAUGGGGGGGUGAGUUCUCGCUUUUCUUGCUUAGUCGUAUUUCUUGUGGACUUGUUACUCUCAUUCGCUUUCGCUGGUAUGUGUAGUGUACAUAUAUGUAUACGUACAUGUAUGCAACUAUGUAGCACGUGCGGCGGAUGACACUAUAAUAUGUCCAUAACUAACAACAAAAGCCCAACGUCAUGUACGACCAGGAACACCCCGCGUACUCAAAACUAGCAGCCAUCGGGCGGGAGAUCACGACCAAGGUGAAGCCGCGCGCGGUGGUGGUGUUUUCUGCCCAUUGGCAGGCGGGGAGGGAUACGAUUCAGGUGAAUACGGCUGAGAUGACGGAUUUGAUUUAUGAUUUCUACGGCUUCCCGUCUCAUUACUACAAGGAGACGUUCCCUAAUGUGGGCAGCCAGGAAGUAUCCAGUAAAGUACUGGGGUUGCUGAACAAGGCCGGGAUCAAGGCCGAGGGGGUGAAGCGGGGGUUGGAC